GGAGGCGCCCGGCGGCCGGGCUGCGGGGCUCCGGCCCGGCCAGAGGGAGAAGAUGCCCUUCCACCACGUGACCGCCGGCCUACUGUACAAGGGGAAUUACCUCAACCGCUCACUCUCGGCGGGCAGCGACAGCGAGCAGUUGGCCAACAUCUCCGUGGAGGAGCUCGAUGAAAUCAGGGAGGCCUUCCGUGUUCUGGACCGAGAUGGGAACGGCUUCAUCUCCAAGCAGGAGCUGGGCAUGGCCAUGCGCUCGCUGGGGUACAUGCCGAGCGAGGUGGAGCUGGCCAUCAUCAUGCAGCGCCUGGACAUGGACGGCGACGGCCAGGUGGACUUCGAUGAGUUCAUGACGAUCCUCGGGCCCAAGCUGGUGUCCUCGGAAGGUCGCGAUGGUUUCCUGGGCAACACAAUAGACAGCAUCUUCUGGCAGUUCGACAUGCAGAGAGUCACACUGGAGGAGCUGAAGCACAUCCUCUACCACGCCUUCCGGGACCACCUGACCAUGAAGGACAUCGAGAACAUCAUCAUCAACGAGGAGGAGAGCCUCAACGAGACCGCGGGGAACUGCCAGACCGAAUUCGAAGGAGUCCACUCCCAGAAGCAGAACCGGCAGACCUGCGUCCGGAAGAGCCUCAUCUGCGCCUUUGCCAUGGCCUUCAUCAUCAGCGUCAUGCUGAUCGCAGCCAACCAGAUCCUCCGGAGCGGCAUGGAGUAGACGGC